UGUAACUUUUGCUCAUGAUUCCUCUGUAGCCGUACUCCGUGCAUUCAUUUACGUGUAGUAGGAUUCAAACCCUCUUUGUUUCAUAUCGCGAAUUCGCGCCUGCUUAUUCUACAUACUUGUCGUAUAUGGUGAGUCGCGCGAUAGCGUCGCGUCGCAUGUUUCUUAGAAUCGCGACCUGUGGCCGUUCGGAGAUUGCCCCUUCGGAAGACGUCCUCCAGUGGCCGCGGCCACGCCUUGCCUUCCCUCGUCAUGUCAGCCGGAGAAGCGGCAGCACCAGUGGAACAACCGUCGUCGGUGACUUUUUCGCACAGCGGUCGUCGGCGCGGAGGUGACGGCGACGACUCGCUUUCGGGAAGAAGUUCUUUCCGCUCCGAGCACACGCACAGCCGGGCUUGAGAAAGAAGAGGCGCUCCAUCUCGUUUUUUUUUUCUCGCCGAGUAACAAUAACAUUGCUGAAUUGUUUUCACGGGCCUAAGCAAGAACUUUGCACAUCGGUUUAGGCAAGCGGCGAAAGAGAAACAAAAAAUAAGAAAGUGAAGGCGAGUGUUUUGCCUCUUUUGCACGGAUGGCGAAGAGAUAAGUGUCACCGAAGUGUACGCGCCCCGCUUCUCGCUGAGUGCGUUGAAAGAGACGCGCGGGAGAAAGACCGUCGAGACAACAUUUGCGAUCGGAUCCCGAACCAGGAGGAGUGCUAUACACAAGUGCGUCGGGCGAGGUGUUGUUGCCUAGCGGGAAAUGUGUUCGGUUCGUUCUGCGCAGAGUGCGUUGAGUCCGGGCUUCUGUGCGUGACACGCGAGACGGGCCUCCUCGGUUGUCUCGGCGGAAAGGAAAAGCGGCGGUAGCCUCUUCUUCUCGAUAGCUGUGCGUGCCCACAAUCGCCAUGAUCGACUGGGUGUCCAUCGUGCGCCACUCCCGGCGUCGCUUCUCCAGCUACAUGUACGCCAUGCCGAGCAAGGUGCGGCGGCUGCGCAAGCACCAGCUGCGCGCCCAGCAGCGGCUGCUUCAGCAGCAGCAGCAGCGCUACGACGACGAAAACCGCGGCUACGAGGCCGUCGAGCCGCCGCCUAGGGCGCGCUUCUCCUGCUCCUGCUGCAUACCGUCGCGAAAGAGCCGCCGGAAGUACCGGUACCCGGAGGAAGUGGACCUCCCUCCCACGUCGUCGAGGCUCAAGGACGUAGACGGCUUGGGCACCAGCGUCGACCACUACUCUUCCAGCGCCGUCGAAUCGCCUAGGAAGGUGAGCGGCCCGAACAUGCGCCUUGCCUCUUCCUUAUGGUCCUGA